AUGCUGCUAUGGUGGAAUGAGGCUAUGCCUGGCCCAUAUCUGAGACUGAGAGAGGCAGUAGGGAAGCAGCCCCAGUAUGCGCCAUACAUCAAGGUAGAACAGUAUCUGGGGAUGUUGAAGGAAGCGAAGGUCAAUGAGAAGGAAGCAAAAGUGGUGACGAGCUUUUUGCACGACAUGGGCGCGCUCAAAUUCUGUGGUCAUGAGCUGAGAGUCGCCGAUAGCAAGGAGAAGAGAUUCCGCAUGGAUGAUUGA